AUGUCUGCGCCAUCCGGCCCAGGCGCUGCGCGCGGAAUCAGCAAUGGACCUCCCAGUGCGCAACUCCCUCCGCAACAGGCGCAAGGACCUCCUCCAUCUACGGCGGGUGCGAAUCCGUCGCAGCAGAAUCUCAACCAGAUCGUCCUCGAGUAUCUCAGCAAAAAGGGCUAUAACCGUACGGAGGCGAUGCUCCGGCGGGAGUCUGCCCACCAAGAUGCAGAAGGCCGACCCAUAAUCAGUAGUAUCGAGGAAAGUGGAGGCGAUAGGUACAGGAGAGCGUUCGAGAUCCUCCGGCAAUGGAUUGACGACAAUCUGGACAUCUACAAGCCCGAACUUCAAAAGCUGCUUUGGCCCGUUUUCGUCUACUCUUUCCUCCAACUUACCGCCGACUUCUACAGUAGAGAUGCGCAAGCUUUCUUCAACCUCUACAAGAACCUGUUCACCCGCGACCAUGUGGAAGACAUUCGUGGCCUGGAAGGCGUCAGCCUUCCCGAGCAUGUCUCGGAUAAUCGCAUAGCACAGCUGUACCGCAGCAACCGCUACCGCCUCACACUGACAAAGAUGGCGUUCACUAACCUCAUACAAUUCCUCGAGUCCAAGGACGGUGGAAGCAUCAUCCUCGGCAUUAUCCAGAACCAUCUCGAUGUAAAGUCAGUCGAUCGUGCGGCAGCCGGCAACGAGCGUGGUCUCGCGGCUCUGCUAGCUCGUGGCGGUGCGGAGGACGAUAUGCCAGCAGAAGACGAGGGCAUCCCUGGACACAACCCCGGAUCUGCCAACACCGAUCGAAACGCUCCACCAGUUCUCGCAAGGCUAAACCUUGGCCCACUGCCGAUGGAGCCGGAACUCAUGGAAGACGUUCGCGCGGCACUUCAAGAGGAUGACGCUAAAAAGCCCCCGGCGCCAGGGCAGGAGUCACUGGAGCAAGUCUUUGACAGGCAGAUCAAGCGGGAGCCUGUUGAAGAUGCACCAAGCCGAGACGCCAUACCCCUACCACCUUCCCUCGCCCGUGACAUUGCCAUGGAGGUCCAGAAAGUCCGCGAAAACCGUGACAGAUUUCGGAUUGACGGAAGGACAGGCGGAAUAGGUCCCGGUAUCAGCGUAACCAUGUUCACAUUCCACAACACCUACGACAGCAUCAACUGCCUCGACUUCUCCGGCGACAACCUCCUCGUCGCAGCCGGGAUGUCCGAAUCCUACAUCCGCGUCUGGUCGCUCGAAGGCAAGGCGCUCCUCUCCAUACUCCCUUCCGGACCUAACGAACCCCCUCCGUCCUCCUCCCGCCGUCUCAUUGGGCACUCGGGCCCCGUAUACGCCGUCUCCUUUUCCCCCUCCAUCGCCAACCCCGACCCCUCUGGCAGCGGGCCCUCAACGAGCUCGCAAUACCUCCUCUCCUGCUCCGCCGACAAAACCAUCCGCCUCUGGUCCCUCGACACCUGGACCUGCCUUGUCGCGUACAAGAGCCACGACAGCCCCGUCUGGGACGUGCAGUGGGGCCCUCACGGGCACUACUUCCUGUCCGGCAGCCACGACCGCACGGCGCGGCUCUGGUCGACCGAUCUCAUCGAGCCUUUGCGCAUCUUCGCCGGCCACGACCAGGACGUCGACGUUGUUGCCUGGCACCCCAACGGCGCGUACGUCUUCACCGGGAGCAGUGAUAGACAAGUCAGGAUGUGGGACGUCGGCCGCGGGAACGCCGUCAGGAUGUUCACGAGCCACACGGGGAAUAUCACCGCGCUGGCAUGUAGCCCGGACGGCCAGACGCUUGCGUCCGCGGACGAUGCAGGCACGAUUCUGCUGUGGGACCUCAAGAACGGGACGAGGAAGAAGCGCAUGCGGGGCCAUGGGAAGGGCGGGAUCUGGUCGCUGACUUGGAGCGUCGAAUCCACGGUUCUAGUCUCAGGUGGUGCGGACGGUACGGUUAGGGUCUGGGACGUGCUGCAGACGACGGCGGAAAGCAAUGGAAAGGUUGUGGCGGAGGGGGGCGCGGGUGCGAAGAUAGAUAGUGGGGCGGCGGGUGCAGGGGGGGUUAAGAAGGGGAGGAAGGAUCAGGUGGUUACGGCUGAUCAGAUCUCAGCGCUUCCGACGAAGAAGAGCCCGGUUUACAAGGUCAGGAUGACGAACAUGAACCUCUGCUUGGCGGGGGGUGCGUAUUUGCCGUAG